CUUGUGUAACGAAGCCAUCUUUGUAGGCCCAGCGAUCUGCUCUCUUCUGUCUCCUCGUGUGGAAAACAUUUCUCCCAGCUGCUUUUCUCCGGGACGACGCGGACGCUGUGUGCAGGCUGCGGAGCUUCAUCCAGGCGGUGGGAACCAUCGUGUAGAAACCGUUUUUCUGUCGAUAGGCUAGCGGGACACCGUGCGCACUUUCCCCUCACAAGUCCCAUUCGCACGGUCUCUUCGUCCGGUGUUGACGACGCAGAUCCAGGGAACAAAGGAACCGAGAGGCCGACGCACACCUGUCAGCUCUGUCCGGAGAAGAACCACGUUUAUGUCAGCUUUUAAAAUUACUCUCAUUCACAGGUCGUAUUGUUGCGGUAGUUUAACGCGAGGCAUAUUCGCUGCGAACAAAACAAAUCCACUGGCCUGACUCAUUCAGUCCCGUUAGCAACAUCGGCUAAGGCUAGCCGCGUUUGUGGACAAGUAGCGAGCUAAUUGCUAACAUUAGCACAGCGUUGUUUUGGUAGCGAGAAGUUUUUGUUUGUGGACGAAAAUGGCCGAAGUAUACAUUCGAGUGGCGGAGGAGGAGAAUGAAGAGCCCAUGGAGAUCCCGUCCGAGGAUGACGGUACCGUCCUGCUUUCCACCGUGGCCGCUCAGUUCCCCGGGGCGUGCGGCCUGCGGUUCAGGAGCCCCGUGUCCCAGUGCAUGCGGGGGGUUCGCCUGGUGGAAGGGAUCCUGCACGCACCGGAGAACGGAUGGGGCAACGUCGUGUAUGUGGUCAACUAUCCAAAAGACAACAAAAGGAAAAUGGAGGAAAUAGAUGCCUCCUCUGCUGUGAAAAUGAAGCGAGGUGAUAUGAAGACGUCUGACCUGAUUGUACUGGGUUUACCUUGGAAGACAUCCGAGCAGGACCUGAAGGACUACUUCAGUACAUUUGGAGAAGUCAUCAUGGUUCAGGUAAAACGAGAUGCCAAGACAGGAAACUCUAAAGGAUUCGGCUUUGUGAGGUUCACAGAGUACGAGUGUCAAGAAAAGGUGAUAUCCCAGCGCCAUAUGAUUGACGGCAGAUGGUGCGACUGCAAGCUCCCUAACUCCAAGGUAGAUCUGGGUCCGGAUGAGCCACUGAGGUGUCGCAAGGUUUUUGUAGGCCGUUGCACAGAGGACAUGACCACAGACGACCUGCGGCAGUUCUUUAUGCAGUACGGAGAAGUGACAGAUGUCUUCAUUCCCAAGCCAUUCCGUGCUUUUGCUUUUGUGACGUUUGCAGAUGAUCAGGUUGCCCAGUCUCUCUGUGGAGAGGAUCUAAUUAUUAAAGGUGUCAGUGUUCACAUCUCCAACGCUGAGCCCAAACACGGCAAUAGGCAGUUUGACCGCACAACACGGUUUGGUAAUGGUUUCGGAGCACAAGCAUUUGGAAGCAGCCGUAGUGGGUUAGGGAGCAGCACUAACAGUAGUCUGGCUAAUUUUGGUUCUUUCAGCCUGAACCCAGCCAUGAUGGCGGCCGCUCAGGCUGCUCUGCAGAGUAGUUGGGGGAUGAUGGGUAUGCUAGCUAGCCAGCAGCAGACGUCCACCUCAGGCAGCACCUCAGGCAGUGGAACCAGCUCUAGCAGGGACCAGAGUCAGUCUUUCGGUACAGGAGGCAACAGCAACUAUGGCACCAGCUCGGCCAGUCUUGGGUGGGGAACAGGGUCAAACUCGACAACCAGUGGUAGUGGCUUUAGCUCAGGUUUUGGGUCCAGUAUGGAGUCAAAGUCAUCUGGGUGGGGGAUGUAAGUUAAGUGUUUGUAUGGUAAGUAUUGUGAGAAAGAUGAGUCUUUUCAACAAAAACAGUUUUUUUCUGGUGUUAAAGCGUAUCUGAAAACUUAACACUUUUGUGGAAGAUGUUUUGUACAUUUGGAAAAAUGCUAAAGAUUUAAUUUAGGAAGUGUUGAAGUGAAUUGUUUACCAGGAUGUCCGACUAAAGUGCUAUUUUUGAUGUCUUGUUUGUAUCCAUUUCAACUGGAUUCUCUAAUGCAUGCAUUGUGAAAUGUGAUUAUACCCAUUUUGAAAAUGCAUGAAUGUCUCUGAUAAACCAUUAUCAGGCUUCGUCAGCGACUUAAAAAAAGCAAUCUUGCAUUGGGAAGAAUCUGGUUGAAACCUAAAUGUUUUUUUAAGUGCAACUUUAUUUGCAGUCAAGUUCUAUGGAAAAGCCUUCAUUGAAAUCUCUUCUGCAGUUCACCUCUCUUCCAUUUUCCUGUGAGGAAGCUCCUCUUUGGGGUGAUAUCGGUAUCAUUCUCCCUCUUCCCACCUGUAAAUGCUAUGCCAUCAAACAACGGCUUCACUCCGCAUGUUCUAAGAGACGGGACCUUGGGCUCUGCUGGUCGAGGUCUCCGUUUGAACCCUGACUGAAGUCUGUUCUGAAGGAUGAAGACGGAAGUUCCAACACUUUCAGUGUGUGGCCUUCUCAAACAUGACAUGGGGUAGUACCUGUCUUUUUGCUGAUUUCACUGGCUUGUCAGAUUGAACCAUUCUUAUUCAGUUGCAUUGCAGGUAAGACGGACGUUCUUUAGAUAGCCUUGAGCGCUAUGGGUAGUUUGCCUGCCGAUCUUAACAGUGUCUUGGUUUCAAAGUGUAAAACAGCAUGAAAAUGACACUUCGUAAACAGGAGAAAUAGGCCAGGUUGGUCAGUUAGCACUUUACACCAUUUAAAUCAUUUAAAUAAAAGACAAUGAAGGCCUCAUUUUAUUACAAGUGUUUUAUUAUUGUGACAGAACAGUGCAAAAUGAAGAACUGGACAUGAAAUUGUGUUAGGUCCCUGAACAGAAUUAGAGAAGUUAGAGUUCAAUGUACAGAGGCAUCGGAGAACUGCUGUAGCUGAUUCUGGCACCUUAGUUGACUUGACUUACUGUGAUGUACUAGUCAGACUUUAUGUAUAUUUGAAUGUUGGACACACAAGUGAGAAGCUGCAGGCCUGCAUGUGUCAUGUCCUUAUUCUCUGCUUUCCUCCUCAGUGUCUCUGCUCUUCCUCUUCCCAGUAUUCUUCUUUUUUAAUUCCCUCUGCUGGUUCAGUUCUUCACUUUUAUUUUGUAUGUAGUUUGACUGAAAUGAAUAAAGGCAAAUUAAACAUUGA